AUGACAGAUCAACAAUUAAAUAAGAAUAUGAGUAAUCUAUCAAUAGAUAAUAGAAAUCAUAGUAAUGAUGAUGAUGAUAAUAAUAAUAAUAAUAAUAAUGUACAUUCAGGAUAUAAUAUAAUUGAUGAUGCUUUAGGAUAUGCAAGAUUAUAUGGUUAUAUUAAAAAAGAUCAACAAGAGCUCGUUUCUCCUUUUUUAAUUGAGAAAUAUGAAAAAGAUGCAGAUAAAUAUUGGGAUAAAUUCUACAAGAGAAAUAACUCUAAUUUCUUUAAAGAUAGACAUUGGUUAACAAGAGAAUUUCAAGAGUUUCUAGAGAAACCUACGCAAGACGAUAAAAAGAUUAGAGUAUUUGAAAUUGGAUGUGGUGUCGGCAAUACGACACUGCCCCUCAUGUCACUCAACGAUCGUCUCGAGUUUGUGUCGUUUGACUUUUCGCAACACGCUGUCAAGCUACUCCAACAAGCAGUCGAUCAAGACGACCAAUACAAAGGUAGAUGUACCACUUUUGUCUAUAAUGCAGUGGACGGUGUCGAAAAGCUGCCAGCAUGCGUCGCCAAGGGCACUUUUGACUUGGUCGUCAUUAUAUUUGUCUUGUCAGCUAUGGACCCAUCGACGUUUGCGGCAGUGGUUGACAUGUGCGCACACGCACUCAGACCCGGUGGCAGAGUACUCAUCAGAGACUAUGCCCGCGAGGAUAUGGCCCAAAGUCGAUUUGAAAAACACAGCUCCAAACUAGGCGACUCUUUUCACGUUCGUUUUGAUGGUACUCGAGCCUACUACUUUACACUAGAGCACAUGGAACAGCUCUACACGGCCAAUGGCCAAUUUGAAACUUUCCAAAAUAUUAUCGUCGAAAAACAAGUCGUCAAUCGUAGAGAUAAUAAUCAGAUGGAUAGAAAAUUUAUUCAAUCUAAAUUUAUUAGGAAAUAA